GUCAUUACUGAGUUUCUGUCAAGCAAAGUCACAAACCCUCACCGACCUCUAUCAGUCUAUUAUUCGUCUUCAUCUUAUACCCGCAAAGGCCGGACCCUGCGGGCGCAACAUCAAUCAUGUCUGCUGAUCGCCAGACCAUUAUCGAAGUGAACCGUUCGCUUCGCAACAUCAAAAAUGAACUCGAAAACCUCCUCGAGCGAGGCGUGAUUGACGACUCCGUCUACGAUACCAUUAAUGUCGCUCUGCCUCCUGAGUCUUCCCUUUCAGGCCCUCUUCGAACUGCUACAGGCGCUGCCAACAAAACCGCGGCCAAGGCCGUUUCUCCCGCGCCAACUUCCUCCCCCGCGCCAUCCGCCAAGGCGGCCCCUACAAAGGCCUUCAACGACCUCAAGAUCAAGUCCAGCUCUCCUGCGCCGCCCGCAUACGAUCAGACACCUCCUCCUGGUCUCCCUACUCGCAACGUCAAGCCCACCGUCGCCCACGCUCGCGCUCUAUACCGCUACGCCGCCUCCGAUGGUCGCGACUUGACCUUUGAGAAGGAUGACCGUAUCGCCGUCUACGAGUACAUGAACCAGGACUGGUGGAUGGGUCUCAAUGAGCGCACAGGCCAGGAGGGUAUCUUCCCUCGUAACUACGUGCUCGUAGACCAAGAGACCAAGAAGCCCGUCCAGCCCAUGCAAGCGCCGAUACCUCAGCCGCAGUACGGAUACCCUGCCUACUCACAGGGCCCGCCUCCUCAGCAGAACCCCUAUAACGCGCAUGUGCCGCCCAUGGCUGUCGCCGAGGGAUCCGGGCAGCCGGCGCAGGAGGGAGACGGCAAGGACAACAAGGUCAACGAAUAUGGCAAGAAAUUCGGCAAGAAAUUGGGAAAUGCAGCCAUAUUUGGAGCAGGCGCGUCGAUUGGCUCUGGUAUUGUAGGAGCUAUCUUUUAGAUUGUGUGGUCGGAUUGCUUCCAUUAUGCUGUUUGGGUGGGUUUAAGGGCACAUAUAACCAUUGAAGAUAUCGAGGCCCUAAAAGUGCGAUUAUCAUAGAAGUGUGACGUAAAUUACCAUAAUUGUUGUGUUUAUAUGCUUGAGUAAUGUCAUACUGAUACAACAUGUGUCUUAUUUGCUGU